AUGAGUAACAGAAGGCCUUGCCAAUUCUUUCUUAGAGGAUCUUGUAGAUUUGGAGAUAAAUGUAGGGAUUAUCAUCCAAAGAGUAAUUUAUUUGGAGAUAAUAAUGGAAUAAACCAAUCAAAUACAAACACAACUCCUAAUAAUCCAUUUAUGUCAAGUAAUUCUGGUGGAAAUAUAACUAAUAAAAAUAUUUUUGGGGGGAAUAUAUUCAAUGGAAUAUCUCCAUUUUCUAACACAAAUUCUACAUUAACUUCUUCUCCAUUUAAUAAUAGUAAUACUUCUAUAUCAACAAAUAAAACAUCAACCUUAAAUAUAUAUAUACAAACUUUGGAGUUAAUUGGUAUUGUAAUAAAAAGUGGAGUUUGGCCAUUUGGACCUAUAGGAUUAUUAGGACAAGAACUUGUAUUCAAAAGUAUGUCAUUAAAUUUUGAAGAAUUUAGAUGGAUAUUUUAUCAAAUACCAUCUAGUGAUUGGCCAUCUUUAUAUAUGGAAUCUUUGAAAAAUCUUCAAAAAUUAUAUACAGAUUUUAUUGAAGAAGGACGAAAAAUUAAUAAACUUCCUUUACAACAUCAACUAUAUUCUCUUGAUUUAGGAUCAUUUUCCCAAAUUGGUAAUUUAUUUUCAAAUAAAUCUAAUAUAACAGAUAAUUCUAAUAAUGCAUCUCUAUUCUUGGGUAGUAAUUCAUAUAUAUUCGGUCAUUCAUCAAAUAAUACAAAUAUUGUUACUAAUAAUAACCCAUUUACAUCUUCUACAAAAUUUGGACUAUCAAGUAAUGAUAGUAAUAAUAUUAAUCAACAAUUUAAGAGCCCUUUUACUACAAGCUCGGCAACUAACUUUACUUCUCCCUUUAACUCUAGUAUCAAUAAUACAAAUAAUAUAUUGACUAAUCCAAAUAUAAACACAAGUCAAUCAAAUAAUACACAACUUCAAGUAUCAAGUAAUAAUAAUAAUAUAUUUAGUAAUAAUGGUAUGAAUAAUAAUACAAAUAUUUUUGGUAAUACAUUAAAUUUACAAACAGGUCUUAAUUUCGUUUCAAAUUCUCCAUUUAACAAUAAUUCUACAUCUAUUAAUAAUCCCUUUUCAUCUUCAAUACCUGUUUUAUCUUUUAAUAAUAAUAAAAAUCACCAAGAAAAUAUAGACAUAGAAUAUGGUCAAGUUCAAUUAGAAGAGUGGGAGGAACAAGCCUUUAAAAAUGAUGCAUUUGAAAAGGGUAAAAUCCCAGAAAAAGUACCUCCCAAGAAUUUCUGUAUAUAA